CUCUGUAGUGCUCUCAAUCUGUAGUGCUGAACAUGGAGAGUCUUUGAUGCCAAUAUGCUACUUUAAAAACACGCUCAUGUUAAAGUGAAGUGUUCCAUCAAAAGUUACAUUGUUUUCCACAUGUGAAAGUCUAGUGCAAACAGAGGUUUUACUUUCGCUUUCAUUCUGACCUCCCACAAGUCAGUGUGCAACGUCAGUGCCUUUGUCAUUAUAUUGUCUCACCCUGGAAAGCCCUACACGGCUCAUUGUCCACCAGAAGAUCGAGAUAAUACUUUGAUCAGACUAGAUGCUGUGCCGUACUCCUUUUUAAACAAACUGGGCUGUACUUUUAUUCAGCCUGUUUGUCUCCUUUUUUCUUUUUUAGUUGUUCUUUCCGUCCUUUGUUGGAAGCUCUGCAGUGUGUUUUGGCUCACUGUGACAACUUUUUAUCACACGGUGCUUUUGUGGAUUUUUGUAUCUUUUUUUUUUUUAAAACAACAACUUCAGUUUCUUUCGUGCAGAGGAUCGUCAACGGUGAGAAUCUUGAGUCUGGUUAUAAAAACCUCCCAUAAAGCAAACAUGGAUGAAGUGACUCCACUGCUGCAAAGAAGAUCAACAUCUUCGGAAUCCAAGAUUAGAAACUCUGGACUGUACCUGGCUGCAUUUGCAGCGGUCCUGGGGAACUUCAACUCUGGUUACUCCCUCGUCUACCCGUCUCCCGUGCUGCCAAAUUUCCAGAGUCCCGACGCCGACCCUCGGCUCAGGAUGAACACCGAGCAGGCCGCCUGGUUCGGAUCUAUCUACUCCCUGGGUGCUGCAGCCGGGGGGCUAGGGGCCAUACUGCUCAACGACAUGAUUGGACGAAAGCUGAGUAUAAUGAUGUCGGCGUUGCCCUCAACUCUCGGGUACAUGCUGAUGGGAGGAGCUAUAAACUUGUACAUGCUGCAGGUGGGCCGUUUCCUAACUGGCGUUGCCGCGGGGAUGACUGCAGCAUCCAUUCCUGUUUACGUCUCAGAGAUCUCCCACCAUAAAGUGAGAGGAGCUCUUGGCUCCUGCCCUCAGAUCACAGCUGUAGUUGGGGCCCUGGCGCUCUACGCUCUUGGUCUGGUGGUGCCAUGGAGGUGGCUGGCUGUGGCAGGAGAGGUGCCAGCUGUGUUGAUGGUUGUGCUGCUGGCGUUCAUGCCCUCCUCCCCCAGAAGGCUCCUCUCACUGGGCCGGCAGCAGCAUGCUGAGCGGGUGCUCCGCUGGCUCAGGGGAAAUCAGUAUGAUGUCCAGACUGAGCUCCUUGCCAUACAGCACAGCAUAGACACACAGCCCAAAAUCACAUGGUCUCAGCUGGGAACACCAUCCUACUACAAGCCAAUUCUGAUCUCAGUGGGGAUGCGUUUCCUGCAGCAGAUGACAGGCAUCACACCAAUCCUGGUUUACCUGGAGCCCAUCUUUAAAAAGAGCAACGUCCCCCUGCCGCCCAGGUAUGAUGCUGCCAUCGUGGGUUUGGUGCGCCUCGGCUCUAUUGCUGUGGCAGCUUUUCUGAUGGACAAAGCAGGACGCAAGGCUCUGCUGUACACAUCGAGCAUGCUGAUGUUUUUGUCCUCUCUGACUCUCACCAUGGUUUCUCACACCACACCUUGCCCUCCUGGCCCUGCUCCUCCAAACCACACCGCUCUGGACUACACCUCCCAUAAUGACUAUGGAAGCACUUUUAUGAGCAAUGCCCAAACUGCAGGGAGCAUCUUGCCGAUCAUUUGCACCGUGGUGUUUAUAUUUGGAUACGCCCUGGGAUGGGGCCCAAUCACAUGGCUGCUAAUGUCAGAGGUGCUUCCACUGGCUGCCAGGGGUAAAGCUUCUGGUGUGUGUGUCACCGUCAGCUGGCUGACGGCCUUCGGGCUCACGCACGGCUUCACACACUUAGUGGACACGUACGGCCUGUAUGCGCCCUACCUGCUUUUCACGGUGGUGUGCGUCGUCUCUCUGCUCUUCAACGCUGUGUGCAUCCCAGAGACUCGCAAGCGCUCGCUGGAGGAAAUAGAGAACUACUUCAGGACGGGACGCACGUUCACCAUCAAGCAGUCCAGCUGAGGCCUGCAUCAGUCUCAUUCACAUGAUGUACUUAUAGAGCAGGCAUGGGGCUCUUAGAAAAAUGAUCUCAGAGCUUCAAUCAAACUUAACCAUCAUUAAAGACUGAUUUCAACUAGCUAAAAAUAGUUAUCACCAGCUCAAGUAGAAGGUUUCCAUUUAGGACCUUCAUUAAAGGUCAGAGCAAAGUGAUUUACACAUAACUGACAAUUUUAACAGCUACAUUUUAUCAUAUGAUUACUUUAUCAUCUAAUCAUCUUUUUUCAUCUAAUUGUGGUAAUAAUUUUUAUACACUAGUCUAGAAUAAUUACAAAUUACAAAUAAUAUACCUCUGAUUGUUAGUUUGUAGAUUUAUAUAUGUCAGACUUCCAGCACAGCUUGGAAGCGCUACUGUAUGAUACACAGAGACGAAACUACUGAAACAAUGAGCAAACAAAGCUUUAAACUAAACCUCUCUGAGGAAGUGGCCGGAGGGAAAGCACAGCAGUAGGUCCACAGAAACAUUUACCAGGAAGUGACCGGAGGGAAAGCACAGCAGUAGGUCCACAGAAACAUUUACCAGGAAGUGACCGGAGGGAAAGCACAGCAGUAGGUCCACAGAAACAUUUACCAGAAAGAACCACAAUUUUCUACAAAUGAACAAAAACCUGUUUUUUAAUUACGGGACAGUCUGAUGUGCUUUUUCUGUCAUUUUACAAAUGUAUUUCUUACAAUUUCAGCCCAAAGAGUACUGUUGACAGCAAUAUUUGUCUUAUCACUGGAAUAAUUUAGACAUACUGUUGAAGAUGCCCUUCUGUUUUCUUAUUAAAAAUAUCUGAGGGAUUAAA